AUGAUUUCAGGUCCAAUCUGGCGGGCUCACAGAAAAAUUGUGACGCCUUCGUACAACAAGAAGUCUGUGGAGAACUUCUCACCUAUCUUCAAUAAAGAAGCUGAGCAGCUGGCGAGGAUUAUCUGCCAGAAAGACCCGAAGAAAAGCUUUGAUGUGUACAAAGAUGUUGUCAAGUUUACGACGCAGAGUGUUAACCAGACACUGAUGGGGUUAUCAAAAGAAGAUUCCCAAAACUUGUACAGGAUGGAUGAGAUGUUACGUGUCACACAAGACAUGUACAGUCUAAUCUUCGAUAAAAUGACAAAAUGGUGGUUACACGUGCCGCUAAUAUACUGGUUGCUUGGCAAGAAGAAGCAGCAGGAUUACUACGUGAAGCUGAUAGAUGAGUUUACGGCAGACAUUGUCAGACGGAAGAGAAAGGCCUUGGAGGUAUCCGAGCCUAAGGAGGAUUGCAUGGGCAUUGUGGAUAGAUACAUUCUAUCUGGAGAGCUUUCUGAGAAGGAGAUUCGAUGGGAAACCAUGACUUUGUUUACUACGAGUCAAGAGGCAGCCGCUAAGAUAGCUUCGGGAGUCAUCAUGUUUCUGGCCCACUUACCGGAAUGGCAGGAUAAAGUUUACAAGGAGAUGAUGGAUGUGGUCGGGCCUGAUGGUCCAGUCACCAGUGAGCAGUUGAAGCAGCUGGAGUACCUGGACAUGGUGUAUAAGGAGACACUGCGGUAUUUCUCCAUAGCUGCCCUGAUACAAAGGACUGUGGAGGAGGAGAUUACUGUAAAAGACGGAAGUAUCACCCUCCCAGUCGGCACAUCGCUGGUGAUACCGAUCCACAACCUCCAUCGUGACCCUCGCUUCUGGGAGGAUCCUCACAGAGUGAUGCCGGAGAGGUUCCUUCCAGAGAACGUGAAGAAACGAGACCCCAACGCUUUUGUACCAUUCAGUUUGGGUCCAAUGGACUGUUUAGGUAACGGAAGUUCUUGA